GUAAGAAGUGGCGCUCUCUAACUCCGACUGAUCGAAGGCCUUACGUCGAAGAAGCGGAACGUCUGCGCGUCAUCCACAUGACAGAACAUCCGAACUACAAGUACCGUCCACGCCGUCGCAAACACGCUAAAGGUCGCACGGCCCCAGGAUCGGUUCCUCAAACGCCACAAACACCUGAUCACCAAAUGGCCGCAGACCAACAACGAUUCCGGUUGCAUAGUCCAGGUGGAUAUGUUCCAAAUAAUAACAAUCCUGGUGAUAUGUCACCAGGUUUGGGUUACUCUAGUCCAGGAUUAGACUAUGACUAUUCAACGAGGUUGAGCGUAAACAGUCCCCUCUCUAACCAGUACAUGUCUCCGUAUCAUCAGGGUUAUUUAAGUAACGGAUACACUGGCUAUCCGACAAGUAAGGGCUAUGGCAAUAUUCUACAUACGCCAGAAUCCUCUCCCACUCAGUCUCCUGAGCCUACCUCCAGGUCUAAUAAAGACGAGAAAUUAAUGGAGAAGAAACAACCCGAAGACGCUUUACCAACGCCUGAAAUGUCUCCAAUGGAGCAUGAAAAAGAAAACGCGGUUACCACCUGUCAAUAUAAUGACGAUAAACAAAGACAGUUUCAGAAAUCUUCUUAUAGAAGUUCUGUAACAUAUCCUAAUGCUUCAGGAUCGACAAUAGCUGCAAUGGGUGUAGCAAAUGGCAUGUAUGUAAUGUGCACAAAUAGAGGUUUGCUGGACCAAGGACCAGUAGUAACUGGAACAUUUUUUCCACCGGUAGCCACUUCUCAAGAUCACCAACAUCUAGGAACAAACACUCAGGCUAUAAUGACAAUGCCUUCAAUUCAAUCAACAGCUGAAUACGAUUAUUUCUCAAGUUAUCCAACACAUCAGUCUCAAGCUCCCCAGGCUCAGCAUGUCUUGAGCAAUGGGUACGAAUCAGAAAAACAAUGUCCACAAUACGCUACUGUGUAUCCAGAAUCUAACGACUCACCGGAUAGUGAAGUCGACGCAAGGGAAUUUGACAAGUAUCUUAAGUAUGGUGUAUCCCAAAAUGUAGCCGACAGCAACCACAAUUAUCAGGAAAUAGUGCAACCGCCAACAUAUCAUUCAGAUCCGUACUAUCCAGGCCCCGAACUGACAACAGAAUAUCACACGGUUAAUGAUGGAUUCCAUUCAAACGCAGGUUCUUACUACGGAACCGAUAGAAUGUAUUACGACCCUGUAUUACCAAACGGUCAAAUUAUUGUACCCAGUACACCUCUGAAGAUGGAUAUGUUGCCACCUGUCAUGAAUCAAUACGCUGGCGAAUUUGUAGCCCAGGCUGAUGUUCAAGCCUUAAAGGGCGAUGAUGACUUCAGCGUGAUUUUGGCUGGUGUUAGAAAAACGUGUUAUAGCAAUUGA